AUGACAACCAUCUACCAAGCUGUUGAAACCUCUACGCUGAAGGACCGUUGCCGUAUCGACCUGCUGGACGGCGCAGCGCAGCUUCAACGCCACAGUGAGACACUGCCAAAGAGGGAAUUAACAGUGGCAGCGGCUGAUCUCCCGCAAUGCACAUUCGAAACAACAAUCUCACGGGCAACAAAGACACACUACAGUCAGGAUGAAUCUGCGAUGCAGCGUUUUCUCACGGAGAAGGAGGCAAACCAGGAAAGAACUAUGCAGGCCUCAAGCUCUACGUACUUCAAGAAAUACAAUACUGUCUUCAGAGGUGCACUGCCACGCUCGGAGCCAUUUCGUGAGACCCGUGACCGCAAUGAACUGACAGGACGAGAAAAAGAUUUUGUUCAUCGAUACGCGGAGGCCGCAGUGAAAAAACCACUUGAACGUGAACAAGUUGAUGACACACCGACGAAGACUGCAAGAGAAGCAUAUAAGAAAGCCUUUCGUGAGUACAAAGGACGAGACCCUACUGAGAAGGAGUUGGAAGAAGUGGGAAGACUUUGGUUUGCGUACACAGAAGAUGGUACUGUUGGUGUCGUACAAAAACCUCAUUUCCACGGUCCGCAUUCACAUGUAUCUAUUUGUAACCGACGGUAUGCACAGUGUGUCAAUCAGGUCUACAAAAAUGAACUUCCACCUGUUCGUGCCGCACGCAGCCGUUUUCCUGGUCCUAUUCCUGUAUGGUCAUCAACUCAGAAUACGUAUACGAUGGUUGCAGGAGAUACAUACGUACCAGGACUACAUAAUGUCAGCAAAUUCGGAUCAGUUUCUUUUUAG